AUGGGGACACGGCAUGGCAGCCUUGAAGAAACUAUUGCAACCGCGCGCGCAUUGAAGCCGCUCGCAAGCAGCUCCCCCGACCCGGACUGCAACUGGCCAAUACGGGCUGCCUUGCUGAGGCUAAUCCCUGUUCUGUGUUUCAGACGACCCCAUCCCCGUGCUGGCGACCAGGGGGGUACACUGGGUCAGCCAUGGCAGAGGGGGGCACCGUACUACUGUAGGGAUGCAUACUACCAGGAGAUAUCUUGGGCUUUUAACCUCAUUCUUCCUCCUCUAAUCUCGAGCGUAAUGGUGGUGUCGACCCACUUGGUUCUGCUGACAGUGCAUACCAGUUUGGUCACCUGUUCUACUAGCCAUCUUGGGAAGGGGAUGGACUGGCCUGGACUGUUUGAGGAGAGUCGAAAUGAGAUCAUCUCGUUCGGAUUCAUCCUCCAAGGGAGCUGGGGGGUCAAAGCUACAAGGAAUAAUGGUCUGGACUCAUCACUCGCGUACUUCUGGGGAGGUCUAUUUAUGCUGGAGACCGAAUCAUUUACUACUGACGUAAAUGUUUACAAACUUCCCUCUUCGAUACUGCCAAUCCUCGUUCCAGCUGAGGAUUAUACCCCUCGCUCGUCUCCACCACCUCUUGGCCAGCCAGACCCAUCACAUCGGUUCAUGUCGCCCUCUAACCGUGGUCUGUCGAAGCCGGGGCACAUUAGUUGA